AUGCAGUUCUUUGGCCGGUUGGUGAAUACAAUCAACAGCGUCACCCAAAUAUUUACAAACCCAUACCGGGUGAAGGAGGUGCCAGCUGCAGAGUAUGCUGCUCACACCUGUCUGAAGAAAGAUGGCAGGGUGGUCCUGUAUAAGAACAGCCUCACUCGCUCAUGGGAUUGUCUGCUGGUGAAUCCCCAGAGCCCACAGGUCGCUUUCCGGCUCUUCCAGCUCGACAAUGAAGCAGAUGCUCUGGCACAUUUUGAGCAGUAUGCUGGGCAGCUGCGCCCUUUCUAUGAGAGCUCGCGCCAGCCCCUGUCACUGGAGGAUCUCCAACAACUCAGUGACUGCCUCCGCAACCACCCCAGCUGGACCCCAGCACACGUUGCAGUGGAGAUCGGCCAUCGGGAGAGCUUCCGGCACAACCAUGUUCUGAGCUGCGUGAACAGCACAGAAAGUGAGAAUGGCUGCACCCCAAUGCACCUGGCAUGCCGCAAGGGAGACAUGGAGUGCCUGCUGGAGCUGCUGGAGUGCCACGCGCGGGUGGACACCACUGACAGGAACGGGGAGACCGUGUUCCACUAUGCUGUGCGAGGGAACAGCCCCCACAUCAUUGAGCUCCUGGGCAGAACCCCAACUACUGGCUUGGAUCACUUGAACCAUGAAGGGCUGUCUGCUCUGCAUCUUGCUUGUCAGCUGGGCAAAGAGGACAUGGUUCGUUCUCUGCUGAAAUGUGGUGCCAGGUGCAGCAUCAUGGGGACAUUGGGCUACCCCAUUCACACAGCACUGAAGUUCUCUCAGAAAGGGUGUGCCCAGGCCAUCCUCGAGGUGGAUGCCAGCCAGGUUCGCUCCAAAGACCCACGCUACGAAGCCACUCCACUGCACUGGGCGAAGAAGGCAGAGAUGACACGGCUGCUGCUUGAGUAUGGCUCUGAAGUGAAUGUAACCAGCAGGACGGCUGACAUGGCUCUGCACAUUGCUGUCAAGAGGGGGCGCUUUGACUGCGCCAUGGUGCUGCUGACAUACGGGGCCCGCACCAACGCCAGAGGUCAGGAUGGCAACACACCCCUGCAUCUGGCCAUGAAGCAUGACCACCUGGAUAUGAUCAAAGCAAUCAUCGUGUUUGGAGGAGAUGUUGAGAUCCCCAAUGAUUUUGGCGAGACAGCAGGGCUGUUGGCAGCCAGGACCAGCAAAGGUGCGAACCGGAAAGUGCUCUUAGACCUGCUGCAAACUGUAGGGACUGAACGCUGCCACCCACCCAACCCUGACUCCCCAAGCCUGGCACCAUCUGCCGCCUCCUUCCUGGAAGGCCAACCUUCCUCUCGGAGCAGCUUCAACGGCUUAGGAUACCAGGACCUCCUGUAUGUUUCUACAACGCUUGGACAGUUGUUGAAGGCACCAGAUGUUGUGGACUCUCCCACUGAGGGCAGAAGAACUCAUGACCGCCUCCUGUGCCUGGAUGGAGGAGGCAUCCGGGGCCUGGUGCUCAUCCAGCUCCUCCUGGCUAUCGAGAAAGCUGCAGGCCGUCCCAUUCGGGAGAUUUUCGACUGGAUUGCAGGGACCAGCACUGGAGGCAUCUUGGCCUUGGCUAUUGUACAUGGGAAGUCCAUGGACUACAUGCGCUGCCUGUACUUCCGCAUGAAGGACAUGGUGUUCCGGGGCUCUCGGCCCUACGAGUCAGAGCCCCUGGAUGAGUUCUUGAAGAAAGAAUUUGGGGAAAACACCAAAAUGACAGAUGUCAAAAAACCCAAGGUUAUGGUGACAGGGACAUUGUGCGACCGGCAGCCGGCUGAGCUCCACCUUUUCCGAAACUACCCUGUACCAGAGACAAAAAUCUCCACUGAGUACAAGACAAGUGCAUCUUUCAAACCACUCACUCACCCAGAAGACCAGCUGGUGUGGCGCGCUGCCCGCUGCAGCGGUGCAGCUCCCACUUACUUCCGGCCGAUAGGUCGCUUCCUGGAUGGUGGGCUGCUGGCCAACAACCCCACCCUCGAUGCCAUGGCAGAGAUCCAUGAAUACAACAAGACUUUGAUCAAGAAGGGUCAGAGGCAGGAAGUAAGAAGAUUGGGACUGGUGGUGUCCUUGGGAACUGGGAAGCCUCCGCAGGUCCCAGUGAGCUCUGUGGAUGUUUUCCGCCCCUCCAACCCUUGGGAGCUGGCGAAGACUGUCUUUGGGGCCAGAGAGCUUGGCAAGAUGGUGGUGGAUUGUUGCACUGACGCAGAUGGCCCAGCUGUGGAGCGUGCCAGGGCCUGGUGCGAGAUGAUGGACGUCCCCUAUUUCCGGCUUAGCCCUCAGCUGCACACAGAGGUGAUGCUGGAUGAGGUGAAUGACACCGUGCUGGUGAACGCUCUCUGGGACACGCAGCUUUACAUCUACCAGCAGCGUGAGCAGUUUGAACAGCUGGUGCAACAUCUCUGCCGAUGACUUACCCUCAGGUUCCCAUCCUGCCUCCCCAUGGCAAGGGGCAGCAGACACUAAAAUGGCUCAGAUUUGCCCUUGAAUUAAGGUGUUGAGUAGGGGGAGGGACUACUACUACUACUACUAGGGAAUUAACUGUGUGUAAUAGAUGGCAGUGCACAUACUGGAGUGUAUUCUGCACCAAACCCAUGUAUUUCUGGACAGCUGUCAGAUGCUGAUGGUUACCUUUGUGCUGUACCCCACCCGUGCUACUGUGCUCGGUUUUGCUGCCCUGUUCUCAAACUACAGCCCUCCCCAGAAGCCAGAGCCCUCGCCUACCUGUUGUGAGCUGUAGCAGCAGGAGUCUGUCUCCUGUCUGUGCAGCACCACUACUGACAAAGCACUGUGCACCUUCUUCUACCACAGAAUGAGCCAAGGCCAGAUAAGGCUUCAGGGAUUAUUUGGGCCUCUGAGGCCCAGGUGUUUCAGAGUGUGUAAUACGGAGAAAAGGGUUUAUUCUUCCCUCAGCACACCCUGUUUGAAGGGGAGCAGAAAUGCUGCAGCUUUCUGAAGUAGAUAUGAUGCAGAAUGUUGUGACCUGCCUUGGGAGGAGGGGCUACCUUUCCAGUUGCCAGUUGUCUUCUGUAGCACCUUCCUCUUUCCCCUCUGAGAUGGGCUGGCAGCCCAGGGUUGGGGCAGACCCCCAGAGACUGUGUUGCUGUGCUUUCUGCUCAAGGGCUGAGACGUGAAAGCCUGUCUUGACUUAGAGCAAGCUCAAGAUGGACAACAGCCUUGGCUUGGUAGAGAAAUUGUUUCUCUUUGUUCUUAGUGUGGAACUGAAAUGCACUGAGAUCAGUUCCUGUCAAAGAAGCUGACCCAGUGACAACUAGGAUUUACUUUUUUCACUGCUAGAAAUCCCAUUAUGACUGCUCUACCACUCAGUGUUCCUGCAGUAAUUUUUGCAUAUGUAUGAAUAAAUUAUGUAUCUGUUUGGAGUUGUUUCGAGGAGUAAACUGAAAAACUGAAUUCUUCAUUGUGUCCUUUUUAUGGCAUGGACUGCUGCUGUGACCAGUGCUGCUAUGUAAAACUAAUAUCACCUGAAAUAAAGAGAGGUUUG